CGACGGAGGCGCUCUCACCGCCCGGCCAGCAAGCACUCCUCCUCCGUCCUCUCGCUCCAUGGCGCUCCUCCUGCGGCUGCUGCCCCUCGCCCUGGCGCUGGCCCUGGGUCCCGCCGCCACGCAGGCGGGCCCUGCCAAGUCGCCCUACCAGCUGGUGCUGCAGCACAGCCGGCUCCGGGGCCGGCAGCACGGCCCCAACGUGUGUGCUGUGCAGAAGCUCAUCGGCACCAACAAAAAGUACUUCACCAACUGCAAGCAGUGGUACCAGAGGAAAAUCUGUGGCAAAUCAACAGUCAUCAGCUACGAGUGCUGUCCUGGAUAUGAAAAGGUCCCGGGAGAGAAGGGCUGCCCAGCAGCCCUACCACUCUCCAACCUUUACGAGACGCUGGGAGUCGUUGGAUCGACCACCACUCAGCUGUACACGGACCGCACAGAGAAACUGAGGCCCGAGAUGGAAGGGCCUGGCAGCUUCACCAUCUUUGCCCCCAGCAACGAGGCCUGGGCUUCCUUGUCAGCUGAAGUGCUGGACUCCCUGGUGAGCAAUGUCAACAUCGAGCUGCUCAACGCCCUUCGCUACCACAUGGUGAACAGACGGGUCCUGACAGACGAGCUGAAACACGGCAUGGCCCUCACCUCCAUGUACCAGAACUCGGACAUCCAAAUCCACCACUAUCCCAAUGGGAUCGUGACCGUCAACUGUGCCCGGCUGCUGAAGGCUGACCACCAUGCAACCAACGGCGUGGUGCACCUCAUUGACAGGGUCAUCUCCACCAUCAGCAACAACAUCCAGCAGAUCAUCGAGAUCGAGGACACCUUCGAGACCCUUCGGGCUGCCGUGGCUGCAUCGGGGCUCAACACCCUGCUCGAAGGUGAUGGCCAGUUCACACUCUUGGCCCCCACCAAUGAGGCCUUCGAGAAGAUUCCUGCUGAGACCUUGAACCGGAUCCUGGGUGACCCAGGGGCCCUGAGAGACCUGCUGAACAACCACAUCCUGAAGUCAGCCAUGUGUGCCGAAGCCAUUGUUGCGGGGCUGUCCGUGGAGACCCUGCAAGGCACGACGCUGGACGUGGGCUGCAGUGGGGACAUGCUCACCAUCAACGGGAAGGCCAUCAUCUCCAACAAAGACAUCCUGGCCACCAACGGCGUGAUCCACUACAUCGACGAGCUGCUCAUCCCAGAUUCAGCCAAGACACUGUUUGAGUUGGCUGCAGAGUCCGAUGUUUCCACCGCCAUUGAUCUUUUCACACAAGCGGGCCUCAGCACCCACCUCUCUGGAAGUGAGCGGCUGACUCUCCUGGCCCCCCUGAAUUCUUUCUUCAAAGAUGGAAGCCCCCGCGUUGAUGCCCGAAUGAAGAAUUUGCUUCGGAACCAUAUGGUUAAAGACCAGCUGGCCUCCAAGUAUCUGUACCAUGGACAGACCCUGGACACUCUGGGUGGCAAAAAACUGAGAGUUUUUGUUUAUCGUAACAGCCUGUGCAUCGAGAACAGCUGUAUCGCCGCCCACGACAAGAGGGGAAGGUACGGGACCCUGUUCACCAUAGACCGGGUGCUGACCCCCCCAGUGGGGACCGUCAUGGACGUCCUGAAGGGGGACAAUCGCUUCAGAAUGCUGGUAGCCGCCAUCCAGACUGCAGGGCUGACGGAGAUGCUCAACCGGGAAGGGGUCUACACAGUCUUUGCUCCCACCGAUGAAGCCUUCCAAGCCAUGCCGCCAGGAGAACUGAACAAACUCUUGGGCAAUGCCAAGGAGCUUGCCAGCAUCCUGAAAUACCACAUUGGUGAUGAAAUCCUGGUGAGCGGAGGCAUCGAGGCCCUGGUGCGGCUGAAGUCUCUCCAGGGCGACAAGCUAGAAGUCAGCUCAAAAAAUAAUGUAGUGAGUGUCAACAAGGAGCCCGUUGCUGAAGCUGACAUCAUGGCCACCAAUGGCGUGGUCUAUGCCAUCUCCAGUGUCCUGCAGCCUCCAGCCAACAGACCUCAGGAACGAGGGGACGAACUUGCAGACUCUGCACUUGAAAUUUUCAAACAGGCGGCAGCAUUUUCCAGGGCUGCCCACACCUCUGUGAAACUAGCCCCUGUCUAUCAGCGGUUAUUAGAGAGGAUGAAGCAUUAGUGCGAAGGACCACGGGAAGAAUGCACUUCUGCAGCUCCUUGCCAAUUUCUCUCAGUUUGCCAAAGAGACUGAUUGUUUUUGAAACCAAAUAUCACACUUCAAUGUACAUGGCCGCACCAUAAUGAGAUCUGAGCCUUGGGUGGGUUGGGGGAGGAGGGAGAGAGAUGUCGUUUCCAUUUUUGUUCUCUCUGCACAUGGCUGUUAACCCACUACAUGGAGAGACCUGGAUGUCACUGCCUGACAUCCACCUCCAGAAAGGACCUGUCCCAAUCGUGGAAUUUCCUGCCUAUGUCCACUGCUCCGGAAAAGGGACCCGAAGUUUGUGGAGCUCCCAUAACAUGAAUCAAGCAACCCAGCCUCAAGGGGGAGUCCUGGCACGGUUUCUGUAAAGCUCUUUCACAGCUGGAGAAAUGGCGUCAUUAUAAGCUAUGCGUUGAACUGCUCUGUCAAACAUGUCUCAAGUCUACAUGUGGCUUGGACACUUCCGUGUGGCCCCGUCCAGGUAGAUCAGAGAGGGUGGGUAGAGCACGCAGAGCCCAGCGUUUCCCAGGUUUGGCAGAGCCAUGGUGUGUUUGUAAUAAUAAAACCAAAGACACA